AUGAUUGAGUUGACUUUGCUCAUCAGCAUCUCCCUCAUCUUCACCGCCGACGCACUGCUCUUUCCGCGAUACACAGUUCUGCAGUGUACAAUGGCCAUGGUGCUUCCCAUCAACAUUCCCAACAGGAAAGUGGCCCUCAACAUGGGCGUGCAAGUGAACUACAACACUCCCUGGACUCCGGCCGAGUUCUACAACCCUCCUAUCUGGCAAUCCAGAUCUCUCCCUGAGCCCGCCAACGAGACUUCACAGCACUCGAGCUACAACCAUGUGAAGAGAGAUCUCACGGCUGGGGAGUUCUACAGGAUUCUGGGGGAUAUUCUGAAAGUGCAAGGUGUGGAAAAUGAGGAGGAGUGCCUGCUGAAAGCUGUCUGCCAAAUGGCCAAAUAUCCACUGGCUCACGAACACGAUGAUCUCAUUGAAGAAGUUCUGCAUUUUAUUUUCACACCGUCUGUUCAUCAAUCCUUCGUUGACGAGGAGGAGUGCUUGAGGCUGGCUUACGAAGAAGCCGAGGCCAUUGGACGACACCAUGGGGAUUGUGACCAACACUAUCCAAAUUGCCAUCGCAGCCCCAUUGAUAAAUUAACACGACUAGAGGAGAUUAGCGACUAGUUUAAUUUUUCAUUGCCAAACACUGUACAUAUGCAUCAAAUACACUCGCAAUUAAUGGCCUGAGAGGCCGGAAUA